AUGUUGGCCUUCCGGACUCGCCACACCUCUACGAGGGAAGAUGCGGAUACAAGGCAGACGAACGCUCGCGCACGACUGAGAUCCAGCGGCAUCCAUGAGUUCCGUCAAACACUUAAUCACUUCGGCGAUAUUUGGGGUACGCUGGACGAGUCCGAUUUGACGGUUCUGGGUCGUCAGAGAACAUUCUUCCGCGUGUUGUCAGCCUUGGCUCCUCUUCCCAUCCCAAAUCCCACAACAUUCUUUUGUGAGGGCCAGAAGGCAAUUCAGUGGAAAACCGAGUAUGAAUAUUGGAGAAGUGAUGUGGACGGCCCCCCAGUGCGGGAUCAACGGAUCCGCCAGGUGCUCGUGGAACCCUUCCUACACCACCGCAAUAUUUCAACAAGUUGCGACGUUAGCGACUGCAGAGCCAUGGUCGACAGGAGACAUCUCGCUUAUUUACAACUCUCCGUCCUCGACUCUCUGCGACGGAAUAACGGUGACUUCGCAAAAGUGCGCAUGACACCAUCUGACUGGAUCAAGAACACCAUGCCCUUUCUCGCAACCAUGACUCACCCCGUUCUCGAAUCCAUUGUCAAGAAUACCCUCCCCAGGGACGCUAAAAAGAACGAAGUACUCAAGUCAUACAUCAAACAUUGUGACCAGAGACCCUGUAUCUACAUGCUCACGCUCUCUGGGAUGGAUGGAGACUUUGUGACCCCGGGACAUCUCCACGAAGCGGUGAAGGCAGCUCUGAACUAUCUACAAAGAAACCCAUGGGAUUGGGGCGUGGCAGCUAUUAAAUUCGACCAGUGGGCAAGACAAGACGAGGAGUGCAAAUCGCUCAGAUCAUUCGCCUGGAGCUACUUCAUAAAGCCACAGGAUGAACGUCAGUCAGAUGCUAUGAUCGAUCUCCUGGAAACCUGCGAAGCUCUCUUGCACCGGAUCGAGGAAAUAGCGGAAGCCGAAUGGGAUUCACCGAUGCAAUCAUUUCCGCUAACCCACUUCGGAUUUACUCGAAAUUUGAAAGACUUGAACGGGAACUCCACCGCCGACUUAACUCUACCUUUCAUAGCAGGCUUCUCCAAGGUCAUCCGACAGUUGGCGCUUGAAACGGACACCUCUGCCUCUGUAGAGCGCUGUCUUCAGCCCGAGUUGGAGGUAUUUGCCUAUCCUAUCUGCUUUCCCUGCAGCGCGAGGGAUGCACAGUACGCCCAUCUGUUUAUUACAGCGGCCUGGGGACAGACGCUGCUGAGUAACUUCGAAAAGCCCUGUAACGACGCCGCCACCUUGGAAGUAGCGGACGACGACUCCUCACCCAUCUGGGUGCGAAACCUCAACUGGGUCGUCAAUAACACACCGUUUGCCAUCAACCUCGCUUUUGAGAAAUCAAACUGGAACAAGCGGGUUCGGGAGAUGAGGAAACUCAAGAAGCCGGUGAAGGAGGGCGAGGAUGAGACGGACUGGGUGGUGCAUGGAGAGAGCGAGGACGAGACGGACUGGGUGGUGCAUGGAGAGAGCGAGGACGAGACGCAAGGGGGUGGUAUGUAG